UUGUUAUUCAGAUGGUCCGCGAGGAAUUACUCAUUCUUCUGGGGACGCAGUCUCGAUGAGGGUAUCAAAUACCGCCUCGGCACCUUGUUUCCCGAGCAAUCCGUGCAGAACAUGAACGAGAUCGUCAUUAAACCACGGGAACUGCCGGAACAUUUUGACGCACGAGAAAAGUGGCCUGGACUAAUCCAUGAGGUGAGGGAUCAGGGAGAUUGCGGAAGCAGUUGGGCUGUUUCAACGACUACAAUCUCUUCCGAU